AUGCAUGUGUCUUUGGCAGAGGCCCUGGAGGUUCGGGGUGGACCUCUCCAGGAGGAGGAAAUCUGGGCUGUAUUAAAUCAGAGUGCUGAAAGCCUGCAGGAAGUAUUCAGAAGAGUGAGCAUCGCUGACCCUGCUGCGCUUGGCUUCAUCAUCUCUCCAUGGUCGCUACUGUUGCUGCCGUCUGGCAGUGUGUCCUUUACAGAUGAAAACGUCUCCAAUCAGGACCUUCGAGCGUUCACCGCACCGGAGGUUCUUCAGAGCCAUUCACUGACUUCGCUCUCAGAUGUAGAAAAGAUCCAUAUUUAUUCUCUUGGAAUGACACUGUACUGGGGGGCUGACCAUGGAGUACCUCAAAGCCAGCCCAUCAAGCUGGGAGAUCAUCUCAAUAGCAUUCUGCUGGGCAUGUGUGAGGAUGUUAUUUAUGCUCGGGUGUCGGUUCGGACCGUCCUGGAUGCCUGCAGUGCCCACAUCAGGAACAGUAAUUGUGCGCCUUCAUUUUCCUAUGUGAAACAGUUGGUAAAGCUGGUUCUGGGAAAUAUUUCUGGGACGGAUCCACUUUCCCGUAGCAGUGAACAAAAGCCUGACCGGAACCAGGCUAUUCGAGACCGACUGAGAGGAAAAGGAUUGCCCACAGGAAGAAGCUCCACUUCUGAUGUACUAGACACACACAAGGCCCCGCUCUCUCAGCAGACCUUUCUUAACAGAGGGCUUAGUAAGUCUAUGGGAUUUCUGUCCGUCAGAGACACACAAGAUGAGGAAGAGUAUUUCAAGGAUACUCCAUCUGAUAAUAAUUCCAGACAUGAAGAUUCUGAGACUUUCUCUUCCCCUUACCAGUUCAAAACUAGUAGUCCACAAAUUGAUGUACUAUCUAAGAAGAAGACCUGGGCUUCGUCCAUGGACUUGCUUUGUGUGGCUGACAGAGACGUUUCUGUAGAGACUGGCAGGUACCAACACUGUGACCCUGAGACAGUGACGGGACGGACGUCGACCACUCCUAGAAAAAAGGAAGGAAGGUACUCUGACGGAAGCAUUGCCUUGGAUGUCUUCGGCCCUCAGAAAGUGGAACCAGUGAUCCACACCCGAGAGCUGCCGGCCUCCUCUGCGGUAUCAAGUGCUUUGGACCGAAUUCGAGAGAGACAAAAGAAACUUCAGGUUCUGAGAGAAGCCAUGAAUGUAGAAGAGCCAGUCCGAAGAUACAAAACCUACCACAGCGAUAUCUUUAGUACUUCCAGUGAAAGCCCAUCUAUUAUUUCCUCAGAAUCAGACUUCAGACAAGUGAGAAAAAGUGAAGCUUCCAAGAGGUUUGAAUCCAGCAGUGGUCUUCCGGGAGUAGAUGAAACUGGCCAAUCACGACCAAGACAAUAUGAGACAUCCCUUGAAGGCAACUUGAUCAAUCAGGAGAUGAUGCUAAAGCGACAAGAGGAAGAAAUGAUGCAGCUGCAAGCCAGGAUGGCUCUCCGACAGUCGCGGCUAAGCCUGUACCCAGGGGACACAGUCAAAGCUUCCAUGCUUGACAUCUCUAGAGAUCCGCUAAGGGAAAUGGCCCUGGAGACAGCCAUGACCCAGAGAAAGCUAAGGAAUUUCUUUGGCCCCGAGUUUGUGAAGAUGACAAUCGAGCCAUUUGUAUCUUUGGACUUGCCACGAUCUAUCCUUUUGCAGACCAAGAAGGGGAAGAAUGAGGACCAGCGAAGGAAAGUGAACAUACAGCUUCUGAGCGGGCAGAGACUUGAGCUCACCUGUGACACCAAGACCAUCUGCAAAGAUGUCUUUGACAUGGUCGUGGCCCACAUCGGCUUGGUGGAGCAUCAUUUGUUUGCUCUUGCCACCCUUAAAGAGAAUGAAUAUUUCUUUGUUGAUCAUGACUUAAAAUUAACCAAAGUGGCCCCGGAGGGAUGGAAGGAAGAGCCGAAGAGAAAGGGCAAAGCCGCCGUUGACUUUACAUUGUUUUUCCGAAUUAAAUUUUUCAUGGAUGAUGUUAGUCUGAUACAACACAACCUAACCUGCCAUCAGUAUUACCUUCAGCUGAGAAAAGACCUUCUGGAGGAGAGGGUGCACUGUGAUGAUGAGGCAGCCCUGCUCCUCGCGUCCUUGGCUCUCCAGGCAGAGUAUGGAGACUAUCAACCAGAGGUUCAUGGUGUGUCCUACUUUCGCCUGGAGCAUUAUCUGCCUGCCAGGGUGAUGGAGAAGCUUGAUGUAUCCUACAUUAAAGAAGAGUUACCCAAACUGCAUAACACCUAUGCAGGAGCUUCUGAGAAGGAGACAGAGCUAGAGUUCUUAAAGGUCUGCCAAAGACUGCCAGAGUAUGGAGUUCAUUUUCACCGGGUGCACCCUGAAAAGAAGUCACAGACAGGAAUCCUUCUGGGGGUGUAUUCCAAAGGCGUGCUUGUGUUUGAGGUUCACAAUGGAGUCCGUGCCUUGGUCCUUCGCUUCCCGUGGAGGGAAACAAAAAAGAUUUCCUUUUCAAAGAAGAAAAUCACGUUACAGAACACAUCAGACGGAAUCAAGCAUGCGUUCCAGACAGAUAGCAGCAAGGCAUGCCAGUACCUGCUACAACUGUGCUCCUCCCAGCAUAAGUUCCAGCUGCAGAUGAGGGCGCGACAGAGCAACCAGGAUGCCCAAGACAUAGAGAGAGCUUCGUUUAGGAGCCUGAACCUGCAAGCAGAGUCUGUUAGAGGAUUUAAUAUGGGCCGCACAAUCAGCACGGGCAGUCUGGCCAGCAGCACCUUCAACAAACUCGCCGUCCGACCCCUGUCGGUUCAAGCUGAGAUUCUGAAGAGGCUGUCCUGCUCAGAGUGGUCGCUUUACCAGCCACUGCAAAACAGUUCAAAAGAGAAGAAUGACAAAGCUUCCUGGGAGGAAAAGCCUAGAGGGAUGAGCAAAUCGUAUCAUGAUCUCAGUCAGGCCUCUCUCUGUCCUCACCGGAAACAGGUCAUUAACAUGGAGUCCGUCCCACAAGCCUUUGCGGAGCUGGUGGGAAAACCAUUGUACCCGAUGGCAAGAUCUGACACAGAGUCACUGGCAGGACUCCCAAAGCUUAAUAAUUCAAAGUCUGUUGCCAGUUUAAAUAGAAGCCCCGAAAGGAGGAGCCAUGAAUCAGACUCAUCCAUUGAAGACCCUGGCCAAGCAUAUGUUGUAGGAAUGAGUUUGCCUAGUUCUGGAAAAUCUUCAUCCCAAGUCCCCUUUAAAGACAAUGAUACACUACGCAAAAGAUGGAGCAUUGUUUCUUCACCAGAAAGGGAGAUCACACUGGUGAACCUGAGGAAAGAUGCAAAGCAUGGCUUAGGAUUUCAAAUUAUUGGUGGGGAAAAAAUGGGAAGACUGGAUCUAGGAGUGUUUAUCAGUGCAGUUACACCUGGAGGACCUGCUGACAUGAAUGGCUGCUUAAAGCCUGGAGACCGUUUGAUAUCUGUGAACAGUGUGAGUCUGGAAGGGGUCAGUCACCAUGCUGCAGUGGACAUUCUGCAGAACGCACCUGAAGAUGUGACACUUGUCAUCUCCCAGCCAAAAGAAAAGCCAUCCAAAGUGCCUUCUACUCCUGUUCAUUUUGCCAAUGGGAUGAAAAGCUACUCGAAGAAACCAUCCUACAUGCAAGAUAGUGCUACAGACCCGUCGGAGGACCAGCCCUGGCAACAGGGCACUCUGAGGCACAUCCCAGAGAAUCCCUUUGGGCUCUCUGGGGGCCUGAGGGAAGGGAGCCUCAGUUCCCAAGAUUCCAGGACUGAAAGUGCCAGCUUGUCCCAGAGCCAAGUCAAUGGCUUCUUUGCCAGCCACUUAGGCGACCGAGGCUGUCAGGAACCACAACAUGGCAGCCCAUCACCAUCUGUGACAUCCAAGGUCACCAAGAAGACCUUCUCCAACAGUAACCGAAGCAAGGCCAAGCGGCCAGCCAUCUCUGAUGUGAUUGAGCACCCUGACUGUGCUGAUUCCGACAUAGACGAUUCCACUUACACCAGCAGUCAAGGCCAUCAAACGCCAAAACAGGAACCCUCCUCCUCACUGAAUACAUCCAACAACAUGAGCUUAACAACCUUUUCUGCAUCACCUCCUAAGCCUGGAGACAUGUUUGAGGUUGAGCUGGCUAAAACUGAUGGCAGCUUGGGGAUAAGUGUCACGGGAGGUGUGAAUACCAGCGUCCGACAUGGUGGUAUUUAUGUAAAAGCCAUUAUUCCCAAAGGAGCAGCAGAAUCGGAUGGCAGAAUUCACAAAGGUGAUCGUGUGCUUGCUGUUAAUGGAGUCAGUCUGGAAGGAGCCACCCACAAGCAAGCUGUGGAAACAUUAAGGAACACAGGGCAGGUGGUCCAUCUACUGUUAGAAAAGGGGCAGGUGCCAACGUCUAGAGAAUGUGAUCCUGCAAACCCACAGUGCCCCCCUCCAGACCAGGAUUCCCAAAGCCAAGCCCCAGAAAAGAUGGUGAAGCAAACAGCUCAUAUCAAAGACUACAGCUUUGUUACUGAAGGAAUCUAUUAUGCUGGUCUUCUUAGAAAUGUGCCUGUGUAUAUAGACACAAUAGUAAUUGUCAGUAAGCCAACAGAUGAAGGCAGAUGUCAUGAAGUAGAGCUUCUCAUUACCCUGGUUAAAUCGGAAAAAGGAAGUCUGGGUUUUACAGUAACCAAAGGCAGUCAGAGUAUUGGUUGUUAUGUCCAUGACGUCAUACAGGAUCCGGCCAAAGGUGAUGGAAGACUAAAGCCUGGAGACCGGCUUAUAAAGGUUAAUGACACAGAUGUUACAAACAUGACCCACACCGACGCCGUGAAUCUGCUAAGAGCCGCACCCAAAGCAGUCAGAUUAGUUCUUGGGCGGAUUCUAGAGUUACCCAGGAUGCCAGUGUUUCCCCAUUUGCUGCCUGACAUUACAGUCACAUGCCACGGAGAGGAGUUAGGAUUUUCCCUCUCUGGAGGUCACGGCAGUCCACAUGGAGUGGUGUAUAUUAGUGAUAUCAACCCAAGGUCAGCUGCAGCUGUUGACGGUAGUCUCCAGCUGUUAGACAUCAUCCAUUAUGUGAACGGAGUCAGCACACAAGGAAUGACCUUAGAAGAAGCAAACAGGACAUUGGACCUGUCGCUUCCCUCAGUGGUGCUGAAAGUAACAAGAGAUGGUUGCCCAGUGGUGCCUAGUUCAACCAGAUCUGCCAUUUCUGUACCCAGGUUCACCAAAACCAACGGUCUUAUCAGCAUGGAGCCUUGUGGACAGCCUGCACUGACACCGAAGAACUCCUUCUCCAAGGUUAAUGGGGAAGGAGUAAGUGAAGCUGUGUACUCUGGAGGAAAAGGCUUGUCUUCUCAGAUGAAGGAAUCAAGAGACCUGACUGGAACCAAAGAAUCUCACUACCGGGAUGAUGACAUCUAUGAAGAUCCUCAAGAAGCUGAAGUUAUCCAGUCCUUGCUGGAUGUUGUGGACGAGGAAGCACAGAACCUCUUAAACCAGAGGCAUGCCAACAGAAGAGCCUGUUCUUCAGAUCCACUGAGGACAAAUGGGGAGGCACCAAAAGGAAAAGAAGAUACCAACUGUGAUGGGUCUCGGUUACCUGAGGACAUCCCUGAGUCAGUGAGUGGUGGUGAAGGAAAAGUAAACCUUUCAAGCUUAACUCAGGCAUCACAAGAAGAGAAGCCCAUCGAAGAGCAAGUCUCUCAGGGAAGCAGAGCUUCUGCAGCAGAGACAACAGACCGUGAGGAAUCCAGCAAAGAUCACCUCUUUUUGACGAAUGAGGAGCUGGCAGCCCUGCCGGUAGUCAGAGUCCCUCCCUCUGGCAAGUACACGGGCACACAAUUACAGGCCACCAUCCACACGCUUCAAGGCUUGCUUGACCAAGGGAUCCCCUCUAAGGAGCUGGAGAACCUUCAAGAAUUAAAACCUUUGGAUCAGUGUCUGGUUGGACAGACUAAGGAAAACCGCAGGAAGAACAGAUACAAAAAUAUCCUUCCCUAUGACACCACAAGAGUACCUCUUGGAGAUGAAGGCGGAUACAUCAAUGCCAGUUUCAUCAGGAUCCCAGUGGGGACACAGGAAUUCGUGUACAUUGCCUGCCAGGGGCCUCUGCCCACCACCGUGGGGGAUUUCUGGCAGAUGGUUUGGGAGCAGAACUCUACAGUCAUAGCAAUGAUGACGCAGGAGGUGGAAGGAGAAAAGAUCAAAUGCCAGCGGUACUGGCCGAGCAUCCUUGGAACAACAACCAUGGCCAACGAGAGGCUGCGCCUGGCCCUCCUGAGAAUGCAGCAGCUGAAGGGCUUCGUAGUGCGAGUGAUGGCCCUGGAAGACAUUCAGACAGGGGAGGUGCGACAUAUUUCUCAUCUGAAUUUCACUGCCUGGCCAGACCAUGAUACACCAACGCAGCCAGAUGAGCUGCUCACCUUUAUCUCCUACAUGAGACACAUCCGUAGGUCUGGCCCGGUCAUCACACACUGCAGUGCUGGCAUUGGGCGUUCAGGAACCCUCAUUUGCAUAGACGUGGUCCUAGGGCUAAUCAGCCAAGAUCUUGAGUUUGACAUCUCUGACCUGGUGCGCUGCCUGAGGCUCCAGCGGCACGGCAUGGUGCAGACUGAGAGUCAGUAUGUCUUCUGCUAUCAAGUCAUCCUCUAUGUCCUAAUGCAUCUUCAGGCUGAAGAACAGAAGGCACAGCCAGGGCUCCCUCAGUGACUCAGAGCAACCUCCACAGACUCACAUCUCUCUGUGCCUCCAGCCGAUUCCUGCUCUCCACUCAAAUGAGAGCAGCAAGGCCAAGCAGCACCGAAAAUGUUGAGUCCCUCGUGCUUGAAGGACAGGCGUUCCCGUCAGAUCCAAACAUCAAGAUGCUGUGUUUUUACAACCACUUUAACCUUUAAUGGUUCUCAAGAUUCCUUUAUCACUAACUGAACAAGCAGGCCUUAGGGCUGGAGAUAGCAUUUGAUCAUAGUGGACAUUGUUACAAAGACACACCGAGUCUGUUUUUAAUGUACCAAAUCCUGUUUAUAGCAAAAAUUUUUCCAGUAUUUUAAUAAAGUAGAUUUAUUUUAUAGGGGAUACUUGAAGCCAGUAUUUAAGCUUUUAAUGACAGUAAUAUUGGCAUAGAAGAGAAACUAGCAAUGUUUACUGUAUCCGUUUCUAAUGUUUACUAUAUAUAAUUUCCUGUAAUAUAUUUAUAUACUUUUCAUGAACAUCAAGUUAUCAGAUACUGUUUGUACCUCUGUCAUCUCACUUUGUAAAUAAAACUACACCUUAAAAAAAUA